AUUUCUACCGUUUUAUUCGAGCUGAAUAAAAAUAGCGUAAUACCGCCGCAUUCUCCCAUUCUGCAAUCUCCGCUUCUCGACUUGGCUUUCUUGCACUCUCUACCCUUCCGCUUUCAUCUCAUGCUCGAUUUCCCCUGUUCAGUUCUUUCUCAGCCAAAAUCAAGUAGAAUUGGAUCGCUACCCAGCGAUGAAUCGGAUUCUAGAGUAUUCUGAGAUUAAAUCCAAACCAUCCGACGAUCGAGUCGGAUCGACGCAGAUCGAUCAAAAUCAAAUUAGAUUGGGUCGCUACGGAGGGUUGAAGCGGAUUCGAGAGAAUUAUAUUGAGAUUGAAUCCAAACCCUCCGACGAUCGAGUCGGAUCGACGCAGAUCGAACAAAAUCAAAUUAGAUUGGAUCGCUACCGAGGGUUGAAGCGGAUUCGAGAGGAGUAUUAUCAGAUGCAAUCCAAUCCCUCCCACGAUUUCAAGUGCGGCCUGCUCGACCUGAACCCAUAUGAAUGGCAAUUUGGAAUCAGAGGCGCUAGAGGAACUGAAUUCGAGGGUGGGAUUUAUCAUGGGCGGAUCCAGUUUCCGGAGGAGUACCCAUUGAAGCCUCCUUCAUUCACGCUUUUGACGGAAAAUGGUCGCUUCAAAACCCAAAACAAGAUCAGGAUAAGGCGACUGAAUGAUUGGCAGCCAUCAUGGAGGGUGCGAGAUGGUUUACUUGCACUUAUUGCUGAAAUGCCCACCUACCCAGAUGGUGAUGAUGAAUUGGAUUCAGUAAAAUACAGUAAGGAAGAAAGGCGUGCCCUGGCCAUAAAAUCUCGUGAAGCAGCCCCAAAAUAUGGCACUUCUCAACGUCAGAAGCUAAUUGAUGAGAUUCAUGAAUAUAUGCUGAGCAAGGCACUACCUUUUCCUCAACUCCAACUGAGCAGCCCCUCACAGGCCUCCAAAGAGCAUGAGCAUAAGCAUUACCGAAUUUAUGGAAACAAAAUGAAGCAUGGCAGCGGCAGCAGAAACGUAGGCAUCUUCGAUUUUGGGAAUAGAUAUACUGCUAUCGACAGCAAGAGUGUAGGAAUUUUACAUUCUAUGAAUGAGGCCCCCAAACUCCCUGUUCCUGUUCCUCAACUCCAACUGACGAGAAACACUCCCAUUCAGGAAGAGGUGGUUGUGGAUCGAGUCGGAUCAACGCAGAUGGAAUUGGAUCGGAGUGUGAUAGUGGAGGACAAGUGCAACAUAAAGAACUCAGGGGAGAAGCGGAUUCUAGAGGAGUAUAAUGAGAUUGAAUCCAAUCCCUCCUACGAUUUCAAGUGCCUCAUGCUCGAUUGGAACCCAUAUGAAUGGCAAUUUGCACUCAGAGGCCCUAGUGGAACUGAAUUUGAGGGUGGGAUUUAUCAUGGGCUGGUCCAGUUUUCGGAGGGAUACCCAUCGAAGCCUCCUUCAAUCAAGUUUUUGACGAAAAAUGGUCGCCUCAAAAUCCAAACCGACAUCAGCUCAAGGCUAUUAUCGAACUGGCAGUCACCAAGGAGCGUGCGAAAUGCUUUACUUGCACUUAUUGAGGAAAUGCCCACCUACCCAGAUGGUGAUGAUGAAUUGGAUUCAGUAGAAUACAUUAGGGAAGAAAGGCGUGCCCUGGCCAUAAAAUCUCGUGAAGCAGCCCCAAAAUGUGACUCUCCUAAACGUCAGAAGCUAAUUGAUGAGAUUCAUGAAUAUAUGCUAAGCAAGGCACCACCUGUUCCUCAACUCCAACUGAGCAGCCCCUCACAGGCCUCCAAAGAGCAUGAGCAUGAGCAUUACCAAAAUUAUGGAGCCAAAAGAAAGCACGGCGGAGGCUACACAAACGUAGGCAUCUCCAAUUUUGGGAAUACCCUUGAUGCUAUCGACAGCAGGAGUGUAGGAUUACAUUCUAUGAAUGAGGCCCUCAAACCCAUGAUAAAAGAAAGAGUACCUUUUCGGGUUUUCUAUUUUUUGUCAGUACUUAUUGGUUUGUCGUCAAUACUUUUUGGAUUUUGGUCAUUCUGAGGGUGAUGAACUGAGGUGAUCAAGUCUGUAGCGUUUGCGUAGGCCUCUUUUUUUGGUAGCUUCUCCUAAUUUAGGAAAUUAGUAGUAAUGUAAUUAAUUGAAAAUGGGCAUUCUAGUUUACCACCGUGAUUUCAUAUACUUUGUCCUCAUAAGAUGAGAGUAAUUAAUGAAUAAUUCAAUUCUGUUAUGUAACUAAGGGAUUUGUAGAGAUAAUUUAGAGAU